UUAAUGCUUCUCUUUCUCUCUCUCUCUAAAGAUCAAAUCUUUCUCUCUCCAAAUCACCCUUUAUUAAAACCCAUCACCUCUCAGUUAAGCCCUCACUUCACACAAGCUCUCUUUAUAGUUUCGGAUUCGGGUCGGAUGAGUUCGGGUUUCUGAGAGGUCAAGAAUGGAUCCUCCACUGAUCAACGAGGCGUCUUUCUCGGCGGUGAACCCGGCGGCGUACAGCCUGGCGGAGAUUUGGCCCUUCGGCGGCGAACCCGGCGGAUUGGGCCUCCGAAUGGGCAGUUUGGGUGGUGGGUUGGGAGAGAGCUCCGGGAAUAGAGAUGGGUCGUUGGAGGAGUCGACGGUGACGGAGCAGAGCGGCGGCGGAGGAAGGAAGAGGAAGGAUGUGAGCUCUGAGGAUGAGUCUUCUAAGAUGGUUUCUACUAGUAGUGCUAGUCCCUUGAAAGAUUCGGGUGGAAAACGGAUGAAGUUAGAGGGAUCUAGAAAUGAAAACGGCAAGUCUAAAGCUGAAGUUGAAACAAGUUCAGGGGCUGGUGAGAAGCGAGAUGAACAAAGCACUAAACCUUCUGAGCCACCUAAGCAGGAUUAUAUUCAUGUGAGGGCGAGAAGGGGCCAAGCUACCGAUAGCCACAGUCUUGCAGAGAGAGCAAGGAGAGAAAAGAUCAGCGAGAGGAUGAAAAUUCUUCAAGAUUUGGUUCCUGGAUGUAAUAAGGUUAUUGGGAAAGCACUUGUUCUUGAUGAGAUUAUUAAUUACAUCCAGUCACUGCAGCACCAAGUUGAGUUCCUAUCGUUGAAGCUUGAAGCGGUCAAUUCAAGGGUGAACAUGAAUCCCACCAUCGAAGCCUUUCCUUCAAAAGAUUUUAAUGCACAGCAAUAUGAUGCGGCUGCAUUGUUAUUUGGAUCACACGCAUCAAGGGAGUAUGCGCAGGGCUCGCAAGCUGAAUGGCUGCAUAUGCAGGUUGGUGGUAGCUUUGAAAGAACAACAUAAAUUCAAGGAAUGGCUCGGAUACAUCGGCUGUAAUAGAAAUGUAUUUUCCGAAUGCCCCUAGUGUAGCGUGAUCACUCAUUGUAACACGGUAGUAUAUCAUAUUAGCCGUUGGAAAUGCAUCUAGUCUUGUCAUUUCAUCUUUAGCAGAUAUAUACCAUUAUGUUAUUGCUUGGCUUUUUCAUAUAUAGAAAAUGUCUCGGCAGAUUUAGUCGAACUUUUGGACAGAAAGAUUGUGCUUUCUGGAAUUUAUUGGAACAUCUGAUUAUUCUUACA